CCACCCCUCAUCUGCUCCACCAAUCCUCAAACCUCAACACUUAUUUUAUACAGAACCGGUGAAUGGACAAAUCCCUUCCUCUUCUCAGGAUGAUUUAGCCGCGUCAAAGUCUUCAAUUGAGAUUCAUACCAACAGAGAUAGCUACGCUGACAUCUUAAGGGGGAUUCCGUCAAUCAGAGAUGGAAACAAAAAUCCCUGCCAAUCAAUAGCAAUCUCUAAAACUCAAAAGUUUCGAAUUGAAGGUAAGACUUUUCUCUUUACGCCUUCAAAAUUCAAUAAGAAGAUGCGUAUUACAGAAAUUCAGAGGAGCAGGAAGCUGAAUAUAUGGCUAGGUUUAGACCUUUGUGCUUGGCUACUGGAUAAUCUCCAAUCUGUCACUCAAGAGGGAUACAUACGAUCCUCUCAACAGAGGGAGAACAAGAGAUUGCUUUCAGUCUCGUUCCAAGCCUCUAGAAUCGGUAACCACUUUAGACUUAGUGAAUUCCACCAGGAUGGAAAGGUUUGGAUCAACAUUCCAGAAGGAAACCAAGGUUUGGGCGUAACCUCCUUUACCUCCUACUUUAAGGUGGCUUUUGACUCUCUUAGAUUAUCUCUUCCCCCACCUCCUCCUUUUUUGGACAAAGCAUUUUUGUGUUUUAACUCCUCCCCCACCUCGUCAGUGCAUUUUGAGCUCUCAAUCUCUUCUUACCUGCUCACUUUAGAUAUCCCACGUGAUCAUAGUGACACACCUAUUGACAUUCCUCCUAAGACUCAUUUUUCCCCACUCAAGGAACCACAACAACCAGUUUCUGCAGCCCAAUUCCCCCUUUUCAUAUCCCCCAUAGCCCUCUCUCUCCAGCAGCUCAACCUUUUCUUCCAGGUGCAAAGGAUUGCUCACAACCGAAGGAGAUCCAACCCCACUUCUUGGGGUGCUCCAAUUCUGAUAAUCAUGAUUUAGAAAGAUCACAGUGGAACGUGAGCUACAACUCAGGUUCAGAGAAGCAGACAAAGCUUUCUUUUAAGCCUUUUCUAGAAGAAUCAGAAGAAGAGUGGGUUACAGAUAGAGGGUCGGAAGAUGAACCAGACUGGCAUGCUAGGAAAGAAACGAGUAAAAGGAGAAAUCAGAGGAAGUUUGAGCAGCUAUGCUUACAGUUUAAAGACUCCCCCAAGCCAAGGAGGAGCAAGAGGUUAACAGACCUGAAAACUGGAUUAAUUCAGGAGAAAGGUUUGCUUUAAAGUCCCUAAUUUCAUCUCUGUUUUACUUAUUCAAUUAACUUUAUGAAGGCUGGUUUCAAGGUUUACUUUUGUGCCAAGGCUCGUUCUGUUUUAGCUCUCUAUCAAUUAAUUUUUAAUAGUUUGGAAAAGAGUUCCUCUGUUACCUUUCAUCAAUCUUUCCAUCUUGGACUAUUUCCCAAAAGAUAUAGAAAGGGAAACAAGACAUUUUGGAGAAUAGCUGUUGAUUUACAAGCAGCUUGUCUUGGUGAAUAGCUGUUGAUUUACAAGCAGAUUGUCUGGAUACGCGUUGGUUUGUUGCAGAUGUAUUUAUUACAUCACAUGCUGUUUGAGGGCCAUUAUACAGCAAUCAACAUGCUGCAAUAGACCCCCCCCCCCCUUUUUGGCCUACUUUGUUUUGGCGCCUUUCAUUUACAUUUUAGUAUUCUUGUAAGGUGUUAUGUUUAGACUUGUUUCU